CCCAUGCUUGACAAUAUUAUAACGAAAUCAAUUGACAGUAUUGGCACAGACUAACCAGACACAGCAUUAUGCGCGUCGAGGUAUCGAGUUGAAAAUGUUGAAAUUAAAAACCGUAUACUUCUCUCUACAGUCUCUAGAAGCUGUGAAAAAAUCAAACUUCUAAGUUAACGAAAAAAAAAAAGAGUCGGCGGCGGCGGCAAUUAUUUAAAUAAGUACCUAUUGAUUUUAUGCAGCAAAAAAACGUAAUAUAUUUCGACACUCAAAGGAAUCAAAAUGUAUCUGUUACUUCCCGUUGACCUAGAACUAUGAAAUUUGGCAAGUAAUAUCGUCUUACACUACAAGUAGGUACAGGGAAAAAUCUGAAAACUUAAUUUGUAAAAAGUAAAAAAAAAAACGUGUACGGAACCCUCAGUGAGCGAGGCCGACUCGCUAUCGUACGGUUAUUUUUUAAUUUACACGGUUAUCGAAAUUGUGGGCGCAACUGAAAAUAGCGCUCGCGUUCCAAAAUGUGUGGGAGCGCUUGUGUGGUGAGUUGGUGCCCAAGUGUGUUUCGUCUAUUCGUUGAGGGGGUCAGUGUCAAUGGGUCAACGACAUUUAACCAAAUACAGGCUAUUUCAAACACCAGUCUAUACAACUUUUAGAAUCAUGGCCACCGACAUCAUAAUAACACACAUAACACUUAAAACGAUACCGCUCAGUCGCUCGAACGCACACAAAAUGAUCACUACGAUACUACUCGCGUCUCUCAUUUUACUAGUUUCCUAUUUAUACUAUGUGACAACUAAGAAAUUUAACUAUUGGAAGAAAAGGGGAGUUCCAUACGCAAAGCCUGUUCCUUUACUCGGGAAUUAUGCAGGUUAUAUAUUGACCAAGGAAUACAUAGGCUCGGAGGUACAGAAAUUAUGCGAGAAAUUCCCAAAUGAACCUUAUUUUGGAGCAUUUUAUGGAACGGAACCAGUUUUGAUACCACAGGACCCUGAAAUUAUCAAGCUGAUUUUGACGAAAGACUACGCUUAUUUUAGUGGCAGAGAAAUCACAGACUAUUACCACAGUGAAACUAUUACGGAGAAUCUUUUCUUCUCAGGCGGGGACAGAUGGAAAGUUUUAAAGCAGAAUCUCUCUCCGUUAUUCUCCAUAAAGAAAAUGAGGAACAUGUUCCAUCUGAUAGAGAAAUGUUCUAAAAUGCUGGAAGACAUGAUGGAUUACGAAUUAGCAGAGACAGAGGUGGCAGAAGUACGUUCUUUAAUGACAAGAUAUACUUUGGAUGCCAUAUGUUCUGUAUCUUUUGGCGUUGACACAAACCUCAUGGAGAAAGACUGUACUAACAAAAACAAUCCUUUUAGGAUCAUGGGUGAUAUGAUCUUCGAGAUAUCUACAUACAGAGCUUUAAAAGCAACCGCUCGCGCGAUAUGGCCUGGAGUUUUCUAUGGCUUAGGCUUCGAGAAUUUUCCAUCGGAAAUAAAGAGUUUCUUUAGUAAGCUAGUAAACGGAAUCUGCGAGGAAAGACAACACAAACCGACAUCCAGAAACGAUUUUAUUGAUCUAAUACUAGCUAUGAAGACAGAUGGUAAACUUACGUUUGCUGGUGAUAAUAUUUGGGGUGAUAAGAAAAUUGAGCUUGAAGUUGAUGACGAUCUGGUAGUAGCUUUGGUAGUUGGUUUCUUUGCUGCUGGAUUCGAAACGUCAAGUACUUCUUUAAGCAUGUGUUUAUACGAGUUAGCGAAGAAUGAAGAAGCUCAAGCGAAAGCGCAUGAAGAAAUCGAUGAAUAUUUGAAGAAAACUGAUGGUAAAAUCACUUAUGAAAGCAUAACUGAGAUGCCAUAUCUAAUGGCUUGUAUGGAAGAGACCAUUCGUCUUUAUCCAGUCCUAGGGGUGAUAACAAGGGAAGUGAUGGCAGACUAUACGAUGCCUACAGGGGUGGUGUUGGAGAAAGGUUGCAGGGUGCACCUGCCGAUAUACCAUCUGAACCGGAAUCCGGAAUGGUUCGAGGAUCCGGAGAGUUUCCGUCCGGAGAGGCUGCAGGGGAAAGUGAGACCGUACACGUUUAUGCCUUUUGGAGAGGGGCAGAGGAUUUGUAUCGGAUACCUCCUAGCCAAGAUGCAAGUGAUCUCCGGUUUAAUCUCGGUUCUCCGCAAGUACCGCGUAUCACUCGCAGACGGGACGCCGCUCAAAUUAAAAAUGGAACCGAAAGCAACCGUUACACAGCCGACAGGAGGCGUCAAACUACGAUUUACUAAACGAGAGAAGUUAGAAUUAGCUAUGUAGUGAGUAUUUGUCUCGUAUCAAAACAAGAUGUAUGCAGUAGUACCAUAUUAAAGCUACGCACCACGUAAGAUACCUGCGCAAGUAUCGCGUGUCGCUCGCAGACGGAACGCCGCUUAAAUUAAAAAUGGAACCGAAGGCAACCGUUACACAGUCUAUAGAAGGUGUGAAGAUACGAUUUACUAAGAAGGAGCAGUAAAACGUAAUUAGCUCUGAAGCAGUAGGUACCAUACCAUAUUAAAGCUAUGAAAUUACGCACCACAUAGAUAACGGUGCGCAAGUAACGUGUGUCGCUCGCAGACGGGACGCCGCUCAAAUUAAAAAUGAAACCAAAGGCAACCGUCACAGCCUAUUGGGGGUUUCAAACUACGAUUUACUAAGAGGGAGAACUAAUAAUUAGCUCUGAAGCAGUACCAUAUUACAGCUACGCACCAUAUAAGAUACCUGCGCAAGUACCGCGUGUUACUCGCAGACGUAGACAGGACGCCGCUCAAAUUAGAAUUGGAACCGAAGGCAACCGUUACACAGCUUAAUGGAGAUGUCAAAAACUACGAUUUACUAAGAGAGAGAACUAAUAAUUAACUCUGAAUCAAUACCAUAUUAAAGCUACCCACUGAAGAUACCUGCGCAUUUGACGUGUUAACAAACCAGAAUGAUUCGAUUUUAUAUAAUCUUGUACCGGUGACUCGUUCGACAGCUAUACUGCAACAACCUAUGACGACAAUUUUAUUAAAAUUGCAUCAGACGUAAUUUUAUGUAAAUUGCAUCGAAGCUAUUAUUAUAUAUGUUAUAUAAUUUGCUGCUUAUUUGGACAACAUAGAAAUAGAAAUAAUUUUGCUUACAACUAUUAAGUUGAGAACCUGAGAUGAGUUAAAUGCCUAUCACGUAUAUUAUUGUUUAUUAACGAUUAUGAAAAUAAGUUGAUUUAAUCUUAGCGUGUCCUUUCCAUAUAAGGUGCAGCAGGGAAAUUUCAACUGCAGGGUAAUUUCAACUAAUCGAAAUAUCUUCCAUGUUUUACAUUAUUGGAGCAUUCCACGGGCUGUCCCGUACAAACGCAUUGUAUUUCCUGUGUUGCGGCUUUUUUCUCGGCAUUUAAAGCAGGCGAUUAUUUUUCUGUGCAUAUUUUUGACCAUUUGUCAUAGAAAAGGAAACUCUUAUGUACCUUUAAAUCUUCAGAAACUUCGCGUUUGUAUGGGACAACGGUAGACAAUUUCAUGGAAUGCUCUUAUUAACAUUCGCUAACAUUCUUGUUGAUACAUAUAUUAGACCAGCGGUGGAA